AUGGUUAGAGCACUUAUGUGUCUUGAGCUUAUACUGAAUGCUGUUAAUAUGAAUCUCAUAACAUUUUCUGAUUUAUUUGAUAGUCGACAAUUAAAGGGAGACAAUUUCUCGAUCUUCGUUAUAGCUAUUGCAGCCGCUGAAGCAGCAAUUGGCCCAACUAUUCCAAAGCUCUGUAAGCAUGUUGGAAGGUCACCUCCAAAACACCACAAAAAUCAAUUAACUUCUGCAUAUAGAGAACGCCAUGACCGAGGCGGUCAACGCACCUUAUUGCACCAAUUAAGCACAAAACACCACAAAAAUCAAUUAACUUCUGCAUAUAGAGAACGCCAUGACCGAGACGAUCAACUCACCUUAUUGCACCAAUUAAUCACACUAAGCCAAUCACCUUCCACAAUACACAGUACCUUCCAAUUUGGUUUCAACCAGGUUACUACUGUCCACUUGAAACCAGGUUACUACUAUGUCCACUUUUCUGUUUUCUAUGUCCACUUGAAACCAGGUUACUACUAUGUCCACUUUUCUGUUUUCUAUGUCCACUUGAAACCAGGUUACUACUAUGUCCACUUUUCUGUUUUCUAUGUCCACUUGAAACCAGGUUACUACUAUGUCCACUUUUUUGUUUUCUAUGUCCACUUGAAACCAGGUUACUACUAUGUCCACUUUUUUGAACCCUUUGGUUUCAUCAGGUUUCACUUGCUUCACCUUCCAAUUGGCUUCAAACUUUGGUUUCAUCAAGUUUCACUUGCUUCACCUUCCAAUUGGCUUCAAACAGGUUACUACUACCAUGUUCACUUUUCUAUGUCCACUUUUUUGAACCCUUUGGUUUCACCAGGUUUCACUUCCAAUUGGUUUCAACCAGGUUACUACUAUGUCCACUUUUCUAGGUCCACUUUUUUGAACCCUUCGGUUUCACUUGCUCCACCACGUUUUUAAAGUUUCCUGCCAUGUCCACUUUUGAACCCUUUGGUUUCAGUUUACUACACUUUUUUCAAGUUUACUAUUAUGUUCACUUUUGAACCCUUUGGUUUCAGUUUACUACUCCACUUUUAACCCCUUUGGUUUCAGUUUACUAUGUCCACUUUUGAAACCCUUCGGUUUCACCUUAAUUUUUCAACUUCACCUUAAUUUCUCAAGUUUACUACUACCAUGUGCAGUUUUCAACGCUGUGGUUUCGCCUUUAUAUACGACUGCUUCAACAGGUUUUUCAAGUUUAAUACUAUGUUGACUCAUGAAAUCCCAUAUCCCACCUUUGUUGCUGAAAAACCAUCUCCACAACUCAUACAAGAUAUGCAAGAUUUUUUAACUCUUGACGCUCUCAUUGCUCAAGAUAGAACCAUCAAAAGUCCUUCGAUUACGUCUCCUUCCAAAUCUCCGAGAGCAUAGAUGCUCACAGGAUCUGUAAACCAAAUCUCCGAGAGUAUAGAUGCUAAUCUCCAAGAGUAUAGAUGCUCUCAGGAUCUGUAAACCAGGCAUAUUCAAUUGUCGUAAGAUUUUGGGUAAACCAAGCAUAUUCAAUUGUCGUAAGAUUUGGCCAUCUCUACCGGGAAAACUGCACAGCCAUAAUAUUGAAAGCUCAAAACCGCACCAAAGAUGUAAAAUUGCAAUGCAAAAAGAAUAAUAUGAAACCAUAUAUAUAAAAUCGAGCAAAUUUGUCAAUGACCAAAGAGAUCACAGAAACUAGCAUAUUUGCAUUAAAGCAUGAAAACAAUUUCACUUCCUCAGGAACAAACAAGUAGAAAACUGAAAGGAUAUUCUGUAAGGGGGCCUCAGAAUUGCAGAAUAUCAGCAAGGUUUCCACCAUUCAGUCCCGAAAGAUGGUGUUAUUGUUUCUGAUUUCAUCAUGGCCAACAAUUCCACUUUUGAUUCUUAAAAACAAAUAUCUAAAUGAACUUCUCAAAUACAAGGAAUCCAUAUUAAAACUGAAGGUUCCAAUGCAAAUUUCACAAGAAAAUUAUCAAAUAUUAGUUGGUGAAAGUCAAAAAGACCAAAGUUUUUAAACUAGGCCACAGAUGAAAACCAAUGACGUUGUCCAAUAUAAAAAAAUUUGAUGCAACAAAUGACAAUGUAUGCCUCAUGGCCAGUCCCAAAUGGUAAUUGCAGUAACACCACUACCCAAGGCGAUGGAAUAUGAGGCCGCUCUCUGCAAAUGGGGGCUACAAUUCCACAAAACAAGAAGGCCGGAGACCAAAUUGUCUUAAUAGAAGAACCCACAACAAGCAGAAGCUUUCUUUACGACGUUUACAGAGGAAUUUACGAACACAAAAUCAGUUCGCUCAUUCUGUUAAGGAGAGUCCCAGCCAGGCACUCAUCCCCCAUCGACGAAUUCAUGCAAAAUGAAAAUUCGAAAAAAAAAAAAACAAAACAAAA